CGUUUACUUGGAACAUCAAAUUAAACGUUUACAUUAGUGUUUUCGCGUAAAUAAACUAUUAUAUUGACUGAUAGACAUAAACAUGGAAGAUGUACAAAAGCACAGCGUGCAUACGCUUAUAUUUCGAUCGCUUAAACGCACACACGAUCUGUUUGUAUCGAACCAGGGCAAUUUGCCGGAUAUUGAUGACCGCCUCGAGAAGUUGAGACGCUCAAUAAAGGCAAGAGAUACUUAUGGUUUGGUGCUUGACCGCGCCAUCAAAUCGAUGGACGCCAAAAAGAUGUCCGCAUUACAAAUUGAAAGGCCUCUGGCCAUUACGGAUGGCAGCAUGUCGGGCUCGGACUUGGGCGCAACGGCCACAGAGUCUGGCAGCCUGGUUAGAUACAAUCGGGACAAGGAGAAGACGCCAUUAAGUAUCAAUACCUCAUUAGUGCGCGCUUCGAUGCCAAGCAGCAGCGGAGCCAGCAAUGUGCAGCUGAUACCAAAGAAGGCGCCCAGCAUACCCAAGCCCAAAUGGCAUGCACCAUGGAAGCUAUCGCGUGUCAUCUCCGGUCAUUUGGGCUGGGUGCGUUGCAUAGCCGUGGAGCCGGGCAACGAAUGGUUUGCCACCGGCGCUGGUGAUCGUGUCAUCAAGAUUUGGGAUUUGGCCAGCGGCAAGUUGAAGCUAUCGCUAACCGGCCACGUGAGCACCGUGCGCGGUGUGGCCGUUAGCGCAAAACAUCCGUAUCUUUUCAGCUGCGGCGAGGAUCGUCAGGUGAAAUGCUGGGAUCUGGAAUACAACAAGGUUAUACGGCAUUACCAUGGCCAUCUGUCCGCCGUCUAUUCCUUGGCACUCCAUCCAACAAUUGAUGUGCUCGCCACAUCCGGGCGCGAUUCAACGGCCCGCAUCUGGGAUAUGCGCACCAAGGCAAAUGUGCACACAUUGACGGGCCAUACAAACACUGUCGCUAGCGUGGUAGCCCAGGCCACCAAUCCACAGAUUAUAACCGGCUCGCAUGACUCCACGGUCCGUUUGUGGGAUCUGGCUGCCGGCAAGAGCGUCUGCACGCUGACCAACCACAAGAAGUCCGUGCGCAGCAUUGUGCUGCAUCCAUCACUGUAUAUGUUCGCCUCCGCUUCGCCCGACAAUAUCAAGCAAUGGCGCUGUCCCGAGGGCAACUUUGUGCAGAACAUUUCUGGCCACACGGCAAUCGUCAACUGCAUGGCGGCCAACUCGGAUGGCGUGCUGGUCUCUGGCGGCGACAAUGGCACCAUGUUCUUUUGGGACUGGCGUACCGGCUAUAAUUUUCAGCGCUUCCAGGCGCCCGUCCAGCCCGGCUCCAUGGACAGCGAGGCGGGCAUUUUUGCCUUGUGCUUCGAUCAAUCUGGAACGCGUCUCAUCACCGCCGAGGCCGACAAAACCAUUAAGGUGUACAAGGAGGAUGACGAGGCCAACGAGGAGACGCAUCCGAUCAACUGGCGGCCGGAGCUGCUCAAACGUCGUAAAUUCUAAGACACUUCUAGUUGUAUAUAGCAUAAACAAUGUAAAAUAAACAAUGCACGGCUAUGCUCACGCGCAGAUACUA